AUGACGAGCUGCAAUGAACAAGACACAAUUGAUAAGGAUAAAGAGUUUCAUUUAGGAUUCAAUACUGUAUGGUUCAUUAGGAUCUGCUGGGCUGGCCUUGGACAUUUUUUGUUAACUAGUAGAAUGAGAAGAUCAUGUGAUGCUGGAGUAGGAGGAUUUAUCUUGGUGACUUUAGGAUGCUGGUUCCAUUGUAGGUAUAAUUACGCAAAGCUAAGAAUCCAGGAAAGAACUGCCAGAGAAGGAAUACAAAGUGUAUGCCAACAGGCAACUUAG